AUGGGCAGCCCUCAGAGGCAAACUCUGCGUUUAAAUCUGAAGGAUUUUACAACAGUGGAUCUGACAGAGAGCUACCGAGGCCUAUACAACCAAGAAAUUGUCAUAUCCUUGAAGCAGUUCUAUGGAUUUCUUUCGCGAGCUAAGUUAAGACAGGAGACCGGGAAGCGACAUAUCGGCUUUACCAACCAUGCCCGCCGAGGAAUUCAGAAGUGUCGUCGACCUGCUGCUCCAGAUUCGGACACUCAAUCCGAGGAGUUGGAAAUAAAGCGGCGUCGUUACAAUGAUAAUGAAUACUAUCCCAGCGACAUAUAA